AGUUCCCGUUAAGCUGGCUGGUAAGUUACCCCCAAUUUUAAUCCUCCUAUACCGGUAUGGCGAUAACGGUUUUAAGCGGUCUCUUGGUCUUCUUAUCAUGCCGGACAGGAGCAGAUCUUAAGUGUCGGGCUCAUUUAACAGUCAUCGCCACGAUAUAUCCUCUUUUUAGUAGACAAAUCCCCUAAUCUAAGAAAGCUGUGAGUUCGGGAAAAUGGAGUAUAAGCGACAACCCGAACAGAUCUUAGGGCGGGUUAAGCCGCGCUUAAUCAUUCACGGCGGCGCCGGCAAUAUUACGCCGGACAAGUUAGGUCCCGAACAGUAUAAAGAAUAUCGACAUGCACUUCUCACUAUAGUUUCGAAAGCGGACGUAUAUAUGCGCAUCCCGGUAUCGUAUGGCAGUCCUCAUUCUUCUGCGCCUACAUGGGCUUCUGCUCUCGAUGUCGCAACAUACGCCGUGACGCUUCUCGAGAAUAACCCGCUGUUCAACUCUGGUCAUGGCGCUGUUUUCACUCGCGAUGGUAUCAACGAAUUGGAAUCCUCCGUUAUGGUAUCGCGAGGCCAUGCUAAGCGUGGCGUUGGCGUGACGGGAUUGCGUAAGGUGAAGAAUCCGAUAUUACUCGCUAAAGCAGUGCUCGAGCAUGGCGAUGAAGAUUUGAGUAAGAAGGCCGCAGGUGGAUUGUCGCAAGGAGACAACAGUGCGAUGAGAUCCGAUGCAUUGGAUACCGACGGCCUCGACGUUCCUUCAGCGCAAGGCCACACGCUCAUCCACGGCGAAACAGCCGAAACUCUUGCUAAAAUGUACGGCCUCGAAUUUGUAGAUCCAAAGUAUUUCUUCACCCAGAAACGGUGGGAUGAACAUAUACGGACCUUGGAAAACGAGAAGACGGGAAACGGCUUAGCAACGUGGAGCGCCGAGGAAUAUCUACCUCAAGGUACGUGCGGCGCAGUUGCGCUCGAUGCCGACGGAGUUAUAUGUGCGGCGACUAGUACGGGAGGUAUUACGAACAAGUUAACGGGACGUAUCGGCGAUACACCAGUCGUCGGCGCUGGCUUCUGGGCGGAAGAAUGGGCUGAAAAGAGUAGCUCGAAUAGGGUGAUUCUUGGUCCCGCGACCGAUACGUGGCAAAACCUGGGGAGAUAUUUGAGUCUACCGGGGCCGGUUGUAGAGCUAUCUUCGAGCCUGCGGAGUCUUGUUGCUGACUGCUUCCCGACCCCAUUUAUUUAUUCUCCCGUCGCGCAAACAUCGUCUCCUGCGAACAGUACCUCCACCGAUCAUGACAUACGGCGAACACGCUCUAUUGCUCUGUCGGGCACGGGCAACGGAGACUCUUUCCUCCGAACAACCGCAACUAGAACAGUUGGUUCGAUCGCUCGAUGGGGCGCAUUGCCCGCGACAGAUGCCUUGCGACUCGUUGCGGGCCGGGGUGGAGAAUUGGAGAACAGCGCCGGUGAUCGUUGGGGCAAAACAGGAGAAGGAGAAGGCGGCAUGAUCGGAAUAGAAAGUGUGGUCUCGCAUAAUGCUACGGGCCAAGUAAUUGGUACCCGUGGCGUAAUAUUGCAGGAUUUUAAUUGCGGCGGUAUGUUUCGGGCGUGGAUCGAUGAUAACGGAAAUGCAGUAGCAAGAAUAUUCCACCACGAAAGCGAGUUAGGACGUUUAAAUGGAACGGACGUAUUCGAGGGUGAAGGCAAAGCGGAAGAAGUUUGGCGUUGGACUGCGGAUAAAGUGUGAAUGAUAUAAUCGUUCAACUAGAGACCAGAUCAGCCAGGUAUCAAGUUUCAAUACAUCUAAUAGAUAUCAUGUGGUGUUAGUUAAGAUCAGAUGGUGUAUUUAGGUGCGGAUGCAUCUGUCAGACAAGCCCAUU